CCUUCCAGAAUCCCUACAUUCCUUCCGCCCAUGAAUUCAUUGCAUGUUUUUCGAUCCAUUUGAACGAGUCUUCUUCUCCAUAAAUUUCUUCUGUUUCUUGUUAUUCUUUUGGAACUACUUCCAACUUUAUAUAUAUAUAUAUACUUAAAUCAUGGUUCAACGAAUGUGGUCGGAGAAUAAGAAGAGCAAUACCUGGCUAUGGCCAGAGCCGGAAACGACUGAUUUUUCCGGCGGAAAGGGUCCAAUGAAGUUGGAAGACAUCGAUGAAGAGUUACCGCUUCAUAAACGACGGAAAUCGUCGUCUUCCCGGACAACUAACGAGUGGAACCUUGAUAGCAAUGAGUUUCCUUUCCCACCUUAUCAUUUUAACCCGCUUAACGAGCCAAGUCCUUUGGGUUUGAGGCUAAAGAAGAGUCCAUCAUUGUUGGAGCUAAUUCAAACGAGGCUGUCCCAAUGCAAUAAGAACAAGGGCACUUUGCCGAGUGAAAAUCUUCAAGUGGGAAAUAAGAAGGAUGUUAAGGCAAGAGCUGGGACUUCUGGUCCGAUUGAUAAAUUGAAAGCCUCUAAUUUCCCAGCUCUACUUAUAAGGAUCGGGCAAUGGGAGUAUGCAUCACAACACGAAGGGGAUUUAGUAGCGAAAUGUUACUUUGCAAAGCAUAAGCUUGUAUGGGAAGUUCUAGAUGGCGGGCUAAAGAAUAAGAUAGAAAUUCAAUGGGCAGAUAUCGUGGCUCUAAAGGCAAAUUGUCCAGAUAAUGGGCCUGGCACUUUGACUAUCGUGCUUGGUAAAAAACCACUUUUCUUCAGAGAGACCGAUCCACAGCCUAGAAAACACACCCUUUGGCAGGCAACCUCAGAUUUUACCAAUGGAGAAGCAACCAGAUAUAGGCAACAUUAUCUACAGUGUGCACAAGGUGUGCUAAAUAAGCAUUAUGAAAAGUUGAUCCAAUGUGAUACGCGGCUUAACUUUCUUAGCCAACAGCUAGACACAGUUUUGGACUUGCCAUUUGCUUCCAUUAAGGAUCCAGGCAACAAUGUUGUCAACCGACCAGAAAUGUCAGAAGGAUCCUCCGUAUCUGGCAUCAAGGGCAUGGUUAUGCCAUCUGCUUCACAGCAUUGGUACUUGAAGACCAAGGAACUGGGCACUCUAGUUUUGCCCCAUGGAGACUUUGCGGAAGAUACUCCCUCUCCCAAUUCAGCAGUGUCUAUUCAUGGCUUUGAAGAGAAUGGAUUUGGGGGAAGUUGUGCCCUACAGGGGCCAAAGACUUUUUCGGCGCAAAUAAAGACGCCCAGGCUCCAACAGACUAUGUCAAUAUCCGAUCUUGUAAACCACAUUGGACACUGUAUUUCCGAGCCAAAAUCUGCUGGGAUUUUACCCUUACUCGAGAACGUGUCAGCUGGUGGCAAUCAAAAAGAUGCGCUCGAGAAUAUUUCCCAGAUUCUGCUGAGCGAUACCCAGUUAACAACAGCUUCAGAUGAGAAAAGUCUGCUGUCAAGAGUCGACUCGCUAUCUUCCCUUCUUCAGGACUCCAGCUCUGUCCAGAAUCAUGUACAUGAUGGAAAUGAUUCUUUUACCCCUGACUGCCAUCCAACGACUGAAAUUGGGUUGAAACAAGGUUGGGAAGAGGAGUAUGGUAAUGCUUCUGAUAUUAUGUCAGGAAAGGACUCAUUUAGUGAGUUGCUGCAUGAGCUUCCGGGAAUUGCAUCCCUGCAAAGGUUAUUGUUUGAUAUCUCGAAGGAUGGUGAGAUCUUGAAUCCUUAAACAGAAUCAACUUGAAUCUGUAAAUAUGAUUCAUCUAUCGUCUUCUGGGGAAGUACAUAUGGAUUUGGAAAUGUGCAGAUCGUGCAUUGGUGAAGAAUCUCGAGCUCUUUUCUUAUGCAUCGUUGUCGUUAUCAUCUGGGUUGGGUUUCCUGUUAAUAGGUUUGUUUAUUAUGAUUAUGAACAUGUUUCUUUAGUUCCAGCUGCUUUUGGAACAUCUGUUGCCAAAAGUGCAGGGGGGUUUUCUUUCAAAUUAGGAUACGUGAUUAGUCUGAAAUGAAGAGAAUGAUGCAUUUUAGAUUUCUUUUUGGUUUUUAGAACGUAUGUUUCAAUUCAAGUUGAAAAACACAAAUUGAAACAUAUUAUCUCAAAGUUAUUCGUUGAAGGAUAUUUUGAGCAAGGGUUAAAAGUUUGGCCUCAAAUAGUUUUCUUAUAUUCAAGC